CUAGCCACAUUAACCACACGUUAGCAAUGUGGCCAUUUAUGCCAGAAUCACUCGGUGGCUCAUCGAGGUAAACACCGGCCGAUGCACAAGUCAUCUUGAGGACUCCUGCUUGUCACUCCUCCAAGAUGUUUUUAACACGCAGUGAAUAUGACCGUGGCGUCAACACAUUUUCUCCUGAGGGACGUCUGUUUCAGGUUGAAUAUGCCAUUGAGGCAAUAAAGUUGGGUUCUACUGCCAUUGGCAUCCAAACAAGUGAGGGCGUUGUCCUGGCUGUAGAAAAGAGGAUCACCUCGCCCCUCAUGAUCCCCAGCACUAUAGAAAAAAUUGUGGAGAUCGACAGACACAUCGGUUGCGCUGUAUCAGGAUUGGUGGCAGAUUCUCGAACUUUAGUUGAUCACGCAAGAGUUGAAUGUGCCAAUCACUGGUUUGUUUACAAUGAGAAUAUGAAGGUAGAAUCGGUUGCUCAAGCUGUGUCGAACUUAGCCAUUCGCUUUGGGGACUCUGAUGACGAUGGGCCAGCAAUGAGUCGUCCAUUUGGCGUGGCAAUGCUGUUUGCGGGUCUUGACAAAGCUGGCACACAACUCUACCACAUGGACCCAUCUGGCACUUUCCUGGAAUUUGGUGCCAAGGCCAUUGGUUCAGGAUCUGAAGGAGCCCAGCAGUCUCUUCAGGAGUCUUAUCACAAGUCCAUGACAUUGCAAGAGGCUCUAAAGAUUGCGUUGACAGUACUGAAGCAAGUAAUGGAAGAAAAAGUAAGUGGCUCCAAUGUGGAAGUGGCAGCUGUGACCCCCGAGAAGGGUUUCUACCGCUUCCCACAGAAUGAAGUGGAAGCAAUCAUCACAGACCUUUAAUUGGUUAUUGAUAUAUAUAUUGAAUGAUUUUUCUAAGUGGUGUUUUAGGACUUUGAAAGUUGAAAGCCUUUGCAAGCUUCAUCCAAAAGAAUUGCUUUGAAGUACAGUACAGUAACUGGGGAAAUCGGCUUGUGUUUACCCGUCUUGCUAAAGAUGUAGAAAAGUACGGUGUCCACUGCCAAGCUCGUGUCCAUUUUUACCUUUGGUACAUUUACCUUUUUGUCAUGUUAAGACAAAAUCACGGACGUUCAGUACAAGAAAUCGUUUUUCAGUGGUGUAUAGAAAAUGUAUUUAGUUUUGGCACUCAAAUAAUAUAUAUACUGUAUUAAGUCCUAAAUUAGAUCCAGCAUUCAAAUUUACUGUUAUUGUUUGCUGAUAUUAAGAGAGAAGGCUUUCAUUACGGAGAGGAAUAAAGACUGGAAGGUGUGUUGUUAGCCUUGACAGCUUCUUUUGUUAUAAGGACAAAUUAAUAUGCAUGUACCACAGUUUUUCUAAUUAAAGAAAAUAAGUUGA